AUGCCAUUCUCUCCACCGUUAGGGGAUAGUCGACAAAAUAGUAACGCAAGACCUAGAAAUAGUAUUGAUUCAUUUGAGAUACAAUUCGACGAUUCUUUCGAUCAAGCAUUAGAUAAUAUAGAAAUAGAAACACCACAUCAUAAAUCUGGUAAUUCAAACAAUUUAAACAGACAACAACAAUCUGACCCCCAAAGAGAAGAAUUUGAAAUGAGAACUUUAAAUUCUGCUGAUCCAGAAUUUGUUGAUCCAAACAAGAAAUCAAUAGACACAGAUAGACGACCUUUGAUUGACGAUCAUUCUCUUGGAUCCAAUGGAGGUAGUCCAUAUAAAUAUAGGAACGUCUCAGAAGUGGCAUUAAAUCCAUCAUCAAGUAAUAUUUGGGAUAGGACCAUUUCCAAUAUAAAGAUGGCAGGUUCUCGUAAUUGGAAGAAAUUCCGUUCCAUAGGAAGUGGCAUCGAAUUGACAGAUCAACAUAUGGAAAGAGAAAUUCAUCCAGAUACAACUCCAAUAUAUGACAGGAACAGAUAUCCAAGUAAUGAAAUUUCCAAUGCAAAAUAUAAUGCCAUAACUUUUGUUCCAACGAUAUUAUAUGAGCAGUUUAAAUUCUUUUUCAAUUUGUACUUUUUAAUCGUUGCAUUAUCACAAGCAGUUCCUGCUUUGAGAAUUGGUUAUCUAUCCUCAUACGUUGUGCCAUUAGCAUUUGUCCUAACUGUGAAUAUGAUGAAGGAAGCUAUGGAUGAUAUACAAAGAAGAAGACGUGAUAAGGAAUCAAAUAAUGAAUUAUAUGAAGCAUUAAGUCAACCAAAGUUAGUAGCAAGUAAAGAUUUGAAAGUAGGGGAUUUGAUUAAGAUACAUAAGGGAUCUCGUGUUCCAGCAGAUUUGGUUUUAUUACAAUCAAGCGAACCAUCAGGCGAAUCCUUCAUCAAGACAGAUCAACUUGACGGUGAAACAGAUUGGAAAUUAAGAAUUGCAUGUCCCUUGACUCAAAAUAUACCUGAAAGUGAUUUGGUUAACAAGAUUACUGUUACGGCAUCUGCUCCUCUAAAGAACAUCCAUGAGUUUUUAGGAAGGAUUACAUACAAGGGAUCUACGUCACAUGCAUUAAGUGUUGACAAUACUCUCUGGGCAAAUACUGUCCUUGCAUCAAGUGGGUUCUGUAUAGCAUGUGUUAUAUUUACAGGAAGAGAUACAAGACAGUCAUUAAACACCACAAAACCUAAAGUGAAAACAGGGCUGUUGGAAUUGGAGAUUAAUAAUAUCUCAAAAAUCUUAUGUGCUUGCGUUUUUGCAUUAUCUAUUAUUUUAGUUGUCUUGGCAGGUUUCCACAAUUCAGAUUGGUACGUAGAUAUCAUGAGAUAUUUAAUUUUAUUUUCUACUAUCAUUCCCGUAUCAUUAAGAGUCAACUUAGAUUUGGCCAAAUCAGUGUAUGCUCAUCAAAUUCAGAAUGAUGAUACUAUUCCGGAAACGAUUGUUAGAACAAGUACCAUCCCAGAAGAUUUGGGUCGUAUUGAAUAUCUUUUAAGUGAUAAGACUGGUACUUUAACUCAAAAUGAUAUGGAAUUGAAAAAAAUCCAUCUAGGUACGGUAUCCUACACAUCGGAAACACUAGAUAUAGUUUCAGAUUAUGUCCAUUCACUUGUCGACACAAAUAAAGAUGAUUCGAAAAGGACAGCUUCAGGAAUGCUCUCCACAUCAAGAAAAGAUAUUAGUUCCCGUGUAUGUGAUAUGAUUCUAACAUUAGCAAUUUGCCAUAACGUUACGCCAACUUUUGAUGAUGAUGAAUUAACAUAUCAAGCUGCAUCACCGGAUGAAAUUGCUAUUGUUAAAUUCACUGAAUCUGUUGGUUUAUCAUUAUUUAAGAGAGAUAGACAUUCUAUAACAUUGUUACAUGGACAAUCUGGUACCACUUUAAAUUAUGAUAUUUUACAAGUUUUCCCCUUUAAUUCUGACUCUAAAAGAAUGGGUGUUAUUGUUCAUGAUAAUCAAAAAGACGAAUAUUGGUUUAUGCAAAAGGGAGCUGACACAGUAAUGACUAAGAUUGUGGAAAAUAAUGAUUGGUUAGAAGAAGAAACUGGUAAUAUGGCACGAGAAGGAUUACGUACUUUAGUUAUAGGUCGCAAAAAAUUAUCGAAAAAUGCAUAUGAACAAUUUAAAAAAGAAUAUGAUGAUGCUUCGUUAUCUAUGGUUAACCGUGAUAUACAAAUGAAUCAAGUUAUAUCAAAAUACUUGGAAUAUGAUUUAGAAUUAUUAGGGCUAACGGGUGUGGAGGACAAAUUACAAAAGGAUGUUAAAUCAUCUAUAGAAUUAUUAAGGAACGCAGGGAUAAAAAUUUGGAUGUUGACUGGUGAUAAAGUGGAAACUGCCAGAUGUGUUUCGAUUAGUGCCAAGUUGAUAUCCAGAGGUCAAUAUGUUCAUAUUAUAACGAAAUUAAGUAAACCAGAAGGUGCUUUAAAUCAAUUAGAAUAUUUGAAAAUCAACAGAAACGCAUGUCUUUUAAUUGAUGGUGAAUCGCUUGGAACAUUUUUAAAAUACUAUCGAAGGGAAUUUUUCGAUGUUGUUCUUUUGUUACCUACUGUUGUAGCAUGUCGUUGUACUCCACAACAAAAGGCAGAUAUUGCAUUAAUUAUCCGUGAAUUUACCGGUAAGAGGGUGUGUUGUAUUGGUGAUGGUGGUAACGAUGUUAGUAUGAUUCAAUCUGCAGAUGUUGGUGUUGGUAUUGUAGGUAAAGAGGGGAAGCAAGCCUCAUUAGCAGCAGAUUUUUCCAUUACCCAAUUUUGUCAUUUAACUGAAUUAUUACUAUGGCAUGGUAGAAAUUCCUACAAGAGAUCAGCUAAAUUAGCUCAAUUUGUUAUGCAUAGAGGUUUAAUUAUUGCCAUUUGUCAGGCAGUUUAUUCAAUAUGUUCAAAAUUUGAACCUAUUGCAUUAUACCAAGGGUGGUUAAUGGUUGGUUAUGCAACAUGCUAUACAAUGGCCCCUGUCUUUUCGUUAACGUUGGAUCAUGAUAUUGAUGAAUCUUUGACCAAGAUAUACCCUGAAUUAUACAAAGAAUUGACAGAGGGUAAAAGUUUGUCAUAUAAGACAUUUUUCGUAUGGGUUGCCUUGUCUUUCUUUCAAGGUUCAAUCAUUCAAGGGUGUUCUCAAGGAUUUACAAGUUUAUUAACUGAUGAUUUCAGCAAAAUGGUUGCAAUAAGUUUUACAGCAUUGAUACUUAAUGAAUUAAUAAUGGUGGCAUUAGAAAUAUAUACCUGGAAUAAGAUAAUGGUGCUUACAGAAAUUAUAACAUUAUUAGUUUAUGUUGUAUCAGUCCCAUUUCUUGGUGAAUAUUUUGAUUUAGAAUCCAUGUUAGCAUUAAAGUUUUAUGGUGAAUUGUUAUUCAUAGUAUUGAUUUCGGUUUUCCCAGUUUGGGCAGCAAAGGCGAUUCAUAGGAAGUUACAUCCUCCAAGCUAUGCUAAAGUUCAAGAAUUUUCCAAUGUGUAA